UGUAACCCUACACCUCGCAAUUCACACCUUCUUCAAAAUGUGGACAGUCGCCGACAAAGGAUCCAAGAAGACGCAGACUAGCAGCACGCAGACCGCCAUGCGCAGUAACAAGCGGCGAAAGGCAGCGAAGCGCAAGGCGGCUCCGCAGGUGACGGAGGAUGACUGGGCGCAGAUCUCGCUCAACCCCCCGCCCAUGCCCAAAAGCUCCAAAAAGGCCAAGAGGUCUCCGGUAUCGACUACACAGCCUGAAGCCGAGCAGCCCACAGACGAUAUGGAUAUGGAGACGAUCGCUGACUGGGACUGGAAGACAGUCAGCGCGCCAACAUACCUGGGCGGCGCCGACAAUGAGAUCGGUGGGAUGGUUUCGCUGCAAGAGAUCGACAACGUUGAUUGUGCAUGGGAGGCCGACGAGGAGACUGGUGGCAAGGUGCUCAAAUUCCGCAGGGUCGUGCCCAAAGAUGGCAAGAAGCAAGCCAAGAAGCACGAUAAGAAGUCAGCCAAGGUCGAGGAGGACGACGAGGAGGAGGACGACUAUGACGAUUUCGCUGCGACAGUCAACUGGGACGAUUUUGUGAUGAUGGACGAUUUCUCAGAGGAGAAGGCGGAGAAGGGACAGCUGGUGUCAAUCGGCGAAAAGCUGCGCCAGGGCCAUGAGCAGGGAUUGGGCGGCGAGGGAUCGGACAGCGAAGGCGCUGCAGAUGCAGCCACAUCGGGUGCAGAAGACCAGCAAGAGGACAGGCGACGAGGUCAAACGAGGAUGGCUCUGCCGAUUCUGAGGAGUCUCAGGACGAGGAUGCCAAAGGACAAGGAGGACGCCAUUGAGGAUCCUGAAGUUGAUGUCUCGGCCUGGGAACACUAUGGCACGCACGAUCUCCUGCUGCGUGCCCUGAAGCACCUGAACUUCACGCAGCCGACCGAGAUCCAGGCCAAGACGCUCUCCAAGGCCAUUGCUGGUCGGGAUAUUAUUGGUGCUGCUGAGACUGGCUCGGGAAAGACCCUGGCUUUCGGUGUGCCUAUGGUGCAGUGCCUGGCCACGCACAAGGGCAAAAAGUGGACAGGCCCCACCGGGCUGGUCCUGACGCCCACGCGCGAGCUGGCGAUCCAGGUCACUGACCAUCUGCAGGCGCUGGCCAAAUUUGUGCGCGCCCGCGUCGUGCCGAUUGUCGGUGGUAUGUCUGAAGCCAAGCAGCAGCGCCUUCUGUCGUCAUUCCCAGACAUCAUCGUGGCCACGCCCGGCCGGUUCUGGGACCUGGUGUCAACCAACGACGAGUACCUGAAGCAGCUGCAGUCGAUCAGAUUCCUGGCCAUCGACGAGGCCGACCGUAUGCUCGAGCCAGGCCAUUUUAAGGAGCUGUCGUUCAUCUUCAAGGCUGUCAACGAGCAGACAAUCAAGGGCACCGGCGGCGAGCGCCAGACGUUUGUGUUUUCGGCCACCCUGCUCAAGGACAUGCAGUUCCGUGCUCACCGCGCGCCAAAGAAGAAGAAUGCCAACAAGCCCAAGCCCGGAUCGAUGGAGGAUCUGAUCCUGCGCGUCGGAUUCCAGGAUCCCAAGCCGUUCUUUGUCGACGUCACUCGCGCCGAUGCCACUGCUGCCACCCUUACCGAGGCCCGCAUUGACUGCCUUGCUGCUGAGCGCGACAUCUACCUCUACUACUUCCUUGUCCGCUACCCGGCCCGCACCCUCGUGUUUGUCAACAGCAUUGAUGCAAUUCGCCGGCUCGUGCCCAUCCUCAGACUCCUCCAAGUCCCUGUGUUUGGUCUGCAUGCGCAGAUGGAGCAGCGCCAGCGACUCAAGAAUGUUGACCGGUUCCGCGAUACCCCGAACGCUGUUCUUGUCGCUAGCGAUGUUGCUGCUCGUGGUCUCGAUAUUCCGCACGUCGACCACGUUGUGCACUACCAGCUGCCGCGCUCCGGCGAUCUCUACGUCCACCGGAGCGGCCGCACUGCGCGUGCCAACAAGGAGGGCCUUGCCAUCAUGCUCGUCAGUCCCGAGGAGCGCAAGACAUACCACAAGGUCUGCACGAUGCUGAAAAAGGACAUUGCGCAGUUCCCCGUCGACCUCGACAUCAUUGGCCGCCUCAAGCCGCGCGUCACCCUCGCCCAGCAGAUCGACCAGCAGGAGCACAAGCUGCAGAAGCAGACGCACGAGCGCAAUUGGUUCAAGCGCAAUGCAGAGGAGCUCGACAUCGAGCUCGACAGCGAUUUCCUGCCUUCGUCUGAUGACGAGGACCACGGAGAGAUGGUCCGCGAGGAAGCCCAUGCAAAGCAAAAGAUCAAGGCUAUGAAGCGCCAGAUGAAGUACCUGCUGGCACAAAAGAUCGUCACCCGCGGCGUCUCAGCACAGUACCUGUCGAGCGGCAUCAUCAGCGACCUUGCCGACCGCCUGCUUGACACCAAGGACGCGAAUCCAGUGAUUCCGACAUUGAAGCGCGAGUCGGCCCUCGAGGCAGCAAAGAGCAGGGUGCGCGCACAGAAGGCACACAAGCUGCGCAAGCACUAAGCCAUUUAGCUCGAUCUUUUAGCCUAUAUACGCCUCAUAAAUUCGGUGCUUGG